AUGCUUGGGUCAAGUUCUCACGACUUCUCUGACCGUAAUGAUUUAAAGAUACGGAUAGUAGUAGUAAUUUCCUUCAUUAACUCGGUCUGUACUCAGGACGAGUAUAGUAACCAGGAUCUUAUCCGUCUACAGCAAUAUGCUGUUAACAAUGGCCAAGGUGACCCUUUGAUGAAUUAUAAUACAAAUACAGUACAGAGAGAACCAACGAAUUCAGCCAAUGAGAAUUAUCAGAUAACAGAUGACACGAACGAUGGUGACAACAAUAGAUCGGACCGGGGAAGAAGCAGAAAAGUUUACCGAAUUAAAAAUCCAUUCCAGCAAACAAACUAUUUUAAAUCUUUGCAAGACAGUAAUUAUUCUCAGGACAGCGCUACCGGAGCCAGUAAUCAAUAUCCUGCAAUGCAAUAUUCAUUGCCACCUGAAGAAUUUUUGCAACAAAUGAGAGAAAAUCAAUAUCAUCAACAGCAACAGUUAUCGACGCAAGCAUCAUAUACAGUCACUCCUCAACCGUCAUAUCAAUAUUCCACGAUAGCUGCCCAAUUAUAUGAAAAUAUGCAACAGUCAAAUCAAAUAGCCCCUGCUGAGCCCAGAACAUUUACUCCAGUUUAUCAAUCAAAUGGGAACACAUAUCAAUAUAAUCAAAAUGCGUAUAAUUUAAACAAUCAACAUAGUACUGCUUUACCUCCAUAUUUAUCUACACCUAGUUCUCAAUACGUAGAUACAUCUGCAAAUAAUUAUGUCUCCACUUUGCUACCUUACGUUUCUAGCCAACAAACUUUACAAAAAUAUGUGUCAUCACCACGCUCACAUAUUCCAACUGGCCCCUUCACAACUGUAGCAAGCAAUGUGGUUAAUUAUAAUGUAAAUGAUCAAAACAAACUAAUGCAAAUUGAUCAUUACGAUAAUUCAAUUAAUGGAAUACAUUAUCCCUUGCAAAAUCACCAUCAAAAUGACCAUCCUUCAUCAACUAUGUCCCCCAGCUCUACACUGCAUCCUGAUUCUUUUAAUGAUACAUGGCAGAAUGCUAUAAAUGCCCUGUCUAAGUCAGAACAAGCUUAUGUCCCAGUACAAUAUCAAAGUUAUACAUACAAUAAUAAUCAACAAGAAAUUCGACAGCCUGUCAAUUUUGAUACGAAUAAUGAUAUUUACAGAAAAGGAAAUAUGCCUUCUGCUAAUAAUAUCUACUUACAUUAUGCUCAACCUGAACAAUCAUUGAACGGAAAAGAACGAUCCCGUGAUAACGAACAAGAAUCUAGUCCCUCAGAAGUUUAUUCUCAUGGAGACUAUGGGUGGAAACUUUCUGAAAGAAAGACAUCUUUUGGUUCUGAAGUUUCUACGAACCCAAACAAUUAUUUUAAAUAUCAAAUACAAAGUUUACAACCUGAAACAGGAGCAGUAACUCAGGUAAAUUUCCAAAUGGACUCCAGCAAACCAUAUAAUUAUGACCACAAUAUAAAACCAGUUUCUGAGAAACUUGAACCUGACGAAUUUGCAAGCGCUGCUGCUAAGGUACAUGAAAAUUACAAACAGCAAUUAGAAGCUAGUAAGUACUCAAAUAGUCAAUAUUACAAUAAUGGUUUAACAAAUUCUAUCUCUUAUUAUAAUUAUAACGAUCAUCAUAAAAAUAAGUUAUAUAGUGAUAAUAUUAAUCCUUUCGGAUAUUCACAAUCAGAAUCAAUCACCAUUUCCCCUUUAUACCAUCUUAAUCAAAAAGAUACCAAUGAUGCUAAAUCGAAACAGCCUUUUGAUCACGAUAAAGCUUUAAAAAAUAUAGUUCCAAUAGAUGUAUCAAACGUUAUACAAAACGCUGAUUCGCAAAAUAAAGGCCAUUCGGAUUUAGAUACAAAAAAUAGGUAUAGUAUAGUAAGUAAUAAUAAGGAUUCAGCACAUUCUGGACCAACAUCUGAUCUUUAUUAUAAGGAUAAGAAUUCUCAGCACUCAUUUAAUUUUAAAACUACAUCCGAUGAGAUAACAGAAUCGGAUAAGUUACGACAAGGUGAACAGAGUGCUACUCUUUUUGGAAAACCUAAUUCCUUUGAAGGAUUUUAUAGUCAUACCAUUAAUACAGGAAAGAAACAUCCUGUCGAUGAAAUGACUCAGUUAUUAAAUUAUGCAAACCAAAUUUCUAACAGUCAUCAAGACAAUGGACAAACACCAACAGGUAUUCAACAUGGAUUACAUCACCGACCUCAAAUAUCUUCAGACUAUGGCAGUAUUUUAAAACUAAAUGAUUUACCAUACCGUCUAACACAAGGGUUUAACAGUGAUCCUGUUCGUAUUCACAACAGUAAUUAUGGAAAUAUUCCUACACCGUUGCCAGUCCGUAUAAACCAAAAUGUUGAAAAUCAUCAUAUUGACGUCGCCACAGAAAUCCUUAAUAAAUUAAUGGGAAGUAAACGGAAUUUUGGCUUUUUAAACACAAAUCGGCCAGAAAUUGAUUCUCAGGCUGGUAGUUUUAUAUCAACAAUAAAUGGUUUUAACGUAGCAAAUCCAUUUAAUGUGGACCUUAAAUUGGUAGCGGAUAUGUUAAAAGGUAAGCCUGCUAUUGAUGAUAGCCAAAUGUUAGCUUUUAGAGGAGAUUACAGCAAAUCUUUACCAAUGAAGCUAGAUAUUACGCAACUUCAACAAUUACUACAAUUAAAAAAUGAUAACGCUAUGUCGUUUAAUACUGGUGGAAAUACAUUAAGCAACUCAUAUUUUGAUAUUUAUACUGGAGGUAGGGUUCCUUAUCAAGGUGUAAAGUAUUCACGUAGCGAAGAAGAGCCGGAAAAUAUUCCAAUUGCAGAUUCUUCUAACAAUCAUCCAAUAGGGGCUGUCAUUGAAGAAUCAGUUAGUGGUCAGGAUGCUCCUAGUUUACCUGAAGCACAAGAAGAAAAGUUAUCUUCCAAUAUUGAGGAAGAUAAUUCGAAAGCGCCGCUUAGUUCAAGUAAUCCAAUAGGUAGAAGACCAAAACAUCCUGAUAGUGAACAUACAAGUGGGUACACUCAUAAAAGAAAGUAUUCUAAACUAGAUGCUGAUGAACCUUACCCUCUAUUAAAGCCUCCUCCUCCUCGUACAUCUCGUCAUAGAUUUUUGCCAAAGGACAAAAUUAGUAAUCGAAGACGUGUUAACAGACCUAAAAUAUUUCGAGUCUUUAAAUCGGAACCAUUUUUCGAAUCAGGAAGGGAAGAUGAAGAUAAACCAACUACACAUUAUAAAUACCCUUUUGCACAAGACAAAUUAGAUGUUAUUGACGGGGAAGAAAGCACUUAG